CAGAAGUAGAAACUACUCACAAAAAGUUGAUUGAAAUAUUUUCUUAAAGAAGAAAUUCAACCACCGGGUACAUUCAAGAAGAGAAGAAAACCCGCUUCGUUAGUCUUAAAACUUUUUUUCGUGUCUUUUUUUCUACUUAACAAGCUAACCGGAACAAAGGACUCGCUGCUUCGAAUUACUUUGUAACUUUGGGACAAAGAGUCACUUUCACAUCAACUUAAGCUUCUGUUUCCCUUUCCUUUAUGUAUUUGGAUUUAACCCUCUACUUCAGUUGUCCUACUAUGGUCAUAAUGGAGGUCCCGACCAUCGACUGUGCGUCCCUCCGUGGCUCGUUGGAGGGCGACGUCCCAGGCUGCCUGGUACUGGACUGCCGCUCCUUCCUGUCCUUCAACUCGUCCCACAUAUCGGGCUCCACCAACGUGCGUUUCAGCACCAUAGUUCGCCGCAGAGCCAGGGGAGGAUUAGGACUUGAGCACAUUGUCCCCAAUGAGGACACCAGAAACAGGCUCCUUUCCGGGGAGUACGAGUCUGUGGUCCUGCUUGACGACCGCAGUGUGGACCUAAGCCAGGCCAAGAAAGACGGCACUUUGAUGCUUGCUGUCACCGCCUUGUGCCGUGACCCAUGUGGAGCUAGAGUUUUUAUUCUGAAAGGUGGUUUUGACACAUUUUCCGCAGAGUAUCCAGAGAUGUGUACCAAGCCCUCCCCUCCACAGGGGCUUAGUUUGCCCCUGAGCUCCAGCCAUCCUGGGAGCGCAGACCCCAGCUGUAGUCCAUGCAAUACUCCUCUGUAUGACCAGGGAGGUCCUGUAGAGAUCUUGCCUUUCCUGUACCUUGGCAGUGCUUAUCACGCUUCAAGAAAAGACAUGCUGGACAUGCUCGGUAUCACCGCUUUAAUCAACGUUUCUGCCAACUGCCCCAACCACUUUGAGGACUCCUUCCUCUACAAGAGCAUCCCUGUCGAGGACAACCACAAAGCUGAUAUCAGUUCUUGGUUCAACGAGGCAAUCGAGUUUAUCGAUUCUGUUAGAAACAAAGGAGGCCGUGUGUUUGUCCACUGUCAAGCUGGCAUCUCCCGCUCCGCCACCAUUUGCCUUGCCUACCUCAUGCGGACGAACCGUGUGAAGCUGGAUGAGGCCUUUGAGUUUGUCAAGCAGCGCCGCAGUAUCAUCUCCCCAAACUUCAGCUUCAUGGGUCAGCUCCUCCAGUUUGAGUCCCAAGUCCUGGCCUCGUCAACCUGCUCCUCAGAGGCUGGCAGCCCAGCCAUCGGCAACAAAAGCACAGUCUUCAAUUUCCCUGUCUCUAUCCCCGUACACACCUCUGCUGGUCAGCUCUCGUUCCUCCACAGUCCCAUCACCACUUCGCCCAGCUGCUGAGGACAAAGCAGGAAGAACUGACUUUAAUUUGGACUUGUACUGUAACACAAAGAUGAUAAAUGUCCAUUUAAUGGUGAUACUGGUAUCACUGGACAGAAUGGGAGCUUUUAUCUGGAGUCAUUUCAUCUGACUCUGCAGGUCAAAUCUGUGUAUGUUGACCUUGUCAUUUCAAAGGGAGAUUUCAGAAGACCAUCAGGCAGUAUUCUAGUUUAACCUCCUGAAUGUGAAAUUCACCACACAUUAAGUCCUAAAUUACUUUGGGAACGACUGAAAAAGGAAGUUGAGUUUAUUCCUGCAGAGGAAGUUUGAAGUAUUUGAAUAUUUUUCUAUUCAAAAAGACUUUUUUUCAUGAAGGCAACUGCUUUUGAUAAUCACAAUCAUUUUUUAAGCAAACAAAGAGUAGAGGGCUAACAGUUGUCUCAGGAAAGUUAACUUAUCCCCUUAAAUGUCUGCUUAGUGUUAUGUAGUGGUUAAAGAAAGCAAUCAAAGACAUGAAAGUUGCUCCUUUAUGUCGCGAACAAUGAAUGUAUCCCCAUGCUCUCAGAGCAGAUGUGGCAGAGAUCUUCAUAUUCAUUUUGAGAGUUGUAUGGGUUGCCAAAUCAAAUGCAAAAAAACCUGCCUUUCAAGACAUCAUGAAACCUUGACGAUCCUGACGCUUUGGGGAAACGGACCAUUAAAUACCUCAUGUUUCUGUACUGUGUGCUGCUGCGCUGAGACCACAGAACCCCACAACUACUAAAAAAGGGGACUCAAAGUCUUCAGCAGCUGUGUUCUGACAUAUUUAUUAAACUAAAGUAAUAUAUUUCUUUACCAUAUCUAUUUUUGCAUAUGUUUGUUGUUUUUAUACCUGAAUAAAUCUUAUUUGCUUUUGUAAA